AUGGAGCCAUCCAGCGCAACAACGGGCUUCUUCCAGGCCCAGCCAACUAUUCUGCCUCAAUAUUAUGAAGAUGCUGCUUUUCGGCGUAUCAUCUCCCUGUAUCUUCCGUCACCUUUACCCUCCAGCAUAGAUGAAGAUCUUUCUCGAUUUUCCCGUCUUGUGCUGUCAAGAUCUCAUAUGGCCUAUACGGCAGAAGCAGAGCGCAACCAGCCGUACCUUCGCCCUCUUUCUACGUUUGGUGUAGAGAAUAAUCAGGACCCUCUAGUCACGAGUGAGGGGUGGCGAAAAUUACAAGACCGAGGGAUCGAGGAAGGGAUGGUGGCACUAGCAUAUGCCGACGCUCAAUCACACAAUGGCGGAAAUACUGGCACGCAGUUGAAUAACCGGGCAUAUCAAUUCAUCAAAUACGCUCUUUGGACUUCUAGUGCCGCUCUGGUUACAUGCCCGUCUGCUAUGACCGAUGGCGCCGCUAAAAUGCUCGGACGGCAUCUGAACGGUCCAGAUGGUGCUAUAUUCACAGAGGCGAGAAAUAGAUUGAUUAGUCGAGAUCCCAGUUUUGCAUGGACUAGCGGACAAUGGAUGACAGAACGUAAGGGAGGCAGCGACGUUCGUGGAACGGAGACUGUGGGUAGGAAACUCUCUGUAGAAGAGCAAAAUGCGAGUAAAGGGGUUGAUGAACUUGGAUAUCCUCUUGGACCAUGGCAGCUCGACGGUUUCAAGUGGUUUUCCUCCGCUACCGACGCCAAUAUGGCGAUCAUGCUUGCCAAAACAGGACCAAAUGGCCAAAUUAGCACUUUCUACGCUCCCUUGCGCAGAAAAGUUCCGGGUGGAGCCGAAGGCGAAACGGAGCUUAACGGAGUGAGAAUUCAGCGCUUGAAAAAUAAACUCGGCACGAAAACUCUCCCAACUGCGGAACUGGAACUGAAGGGAAUGAGGGGCUAUUUGAUUGGCAAAGAAGGGGACGGCGUGAGGGAAAUUUCAACCCUCCUCAAUAUCACCAGGGUUCAUAAUAUGGCUGGAGCGGUGGGUGGAUGGGCGAGGGGGUUGGCAAUCUCGAGAGCUUAUGCGAAGGUGAGGGUCGCUCGCGGUAAACUCCUCACAGAGAUGCCCGCACAUGUAAGAGCACUUGCCCGAGACCAUGUCAUGUACAGGGGCCAUCUCAACCUUCUCCAUUUCGUCGCCUCGCUACUGGGAAUUUCUGAAGGGCAAGAUAGCCGCCUCACGCAAGCCACCCAGGCUUCCAUCCUCCCAACCAACGCUCAGCAAUCCAGUGCUCUACUCCGUCUCCUUACCCCAAUGGGCAAAGCUCAAACGGCCCUCAGAUCUAUCAAUGGAGUUCGUGCCUGCAUGGAGAACCUAGGUGGAGUUGGGUAUCUCGAGAAUGAAGAUCCCGUGUUAAACAUUGCGAGGAUUUUCCGGGACAUAUGCGUGCUUAGCAUUUGGGAAGGAACCACUGAUAUCAUGGCGGACGACCUGGUUCGUGUGGUAAAAUCUAAGCAAGGCCCGGCGAUCUUAGUAGCUGUGGGACAAUGGGUCGCGAGCGCUUUGGCGAUUGCGCGCAAGCAUUCAUUCCAAGCAGAAGCUGAGAUAAUCCAGAAAACAUGGGCGCAAUGGCUGCAAUGCACCGAAACUAAAGAUGCAGAACAGCUAAGGUGGGAAGGAAGAGAUCUCCUUGUCGGACUCGAGAGCGUGAUUUGCGGCCUGCUGCUGAUUUUGGAUACUGCCCGAGAUAACGAUCCUAUCUCGAGGGAGGUUGCAAGGCGCUUCACCUUGAAGGACCAGGCCACAUAUAGUUCUUGGGAAGUUGAAGCUGCCUGGGAUAAACGGAUUGUCUUCGGUGACGAGGCCGCGGCAACCGCGAGGCUUUAA